AUGGCAAGUAAUCCGUACGAAGUCGAGCACGGCAUCAAGCCCUCCGCCCCUCGCCAAACGCGGCGGCCCGACAUGUCAUCAUUCCACUCGGCUCUUCACGAAUUAUUGCCCGAACCAUCCUCGUCAAGUUCCAACCGCAACGUGGGACCGACACCCGACGCCCUGAGAAGCCUUUUCACCUUGGUGCUCGACCAAAUGACGGCCCUCCGAAACCAAGCCCCGGCUGGAGUCGAUACGGAGCUGCUGCAGGGUCUCAUCGAAGAGCUGGUGGUCGACAGGGAGCAUCCCGAUAUGAAGGGUUUCUUGACACAGGAUGACCUAGACGCGCUGGACCGGGUGCCGAAGAAGCAGCUCAAACAGGGAGAGCUAUGCCCGAUUUGCACCGAGGCCUUCCUCGACGAUCCGUAUCCGUUGGUGGUGGUGCUGCCGUGCUCGGACGAGCGCAUCGAUCCAGCCACUGGACUGACCAUCCACGUCAAGCAUGAGAAGCAUCGGUUUGAUCUCGAGUGCGUGGGGCCUUGGCUCUUGAGUAAAGGGUCCUGUCCCAUGUGUAGGCAAGAUGUGAAUGCGGAGAAGAAGAGAAAGGAGAUAGGGAAUCAGGAGAGGAAGAAGGCUAAUGCGGUGGACGACGAGGACGAACAGGAUAUCGUAGACGGGCUGUAUGGAUGA